UUCGUCGCCAAGAAGAAAACGAUUUUUGUAAAAAGUAAAAUAGAAUCUGGUAAUCUCUUCCUCUGGUCUUCCUCGCUUCCUUCUCCGCAUCACUCGCGCUCGAAUUUCAUAACACCUCCCACCCUCCCUCCAUCUCUAUUUUUUCUUCUAUCGUCAGAGCUCGAGAAAUAUCUUAAUCUUUAAUCUCCAGGUUUUUGUUUUUCUCGGAAUGUCUUCUUCCGGUGGUAACUCUGGCGACGGAGCUGGUGGUGGCGCCGCCUCACAUGGCCCUCAGCUCUACUUCUGCCAUACCUGCAAUCGUACCGUAACCAUUACUCCCUCUUCCUCAUCCGAUCUUUUGUGCCCCAACUGCAACGAUAGCUUCGUUGAAGAAAUGGAACCUUCAACCCCUAACCCUAGUCAUGUUCCCAAUCCUUUCCUAUCCUUCACAUCCGACGCAUUUCCGCCGUUCGGCGCCGGUGGCGGUGGAAAUGGCGGUUUCCCGAUCAUAUUCUCCACGACGUCAUCCUCCGGUGGCAUUGGCGGUGGUGGUUCAAUGAUGAAUGAUCUAUCGGCGCUCUUGGGAGGUGGUUCAUUUCGAUCCUCGUCCUUGCAAGACCCAGACGGUUUCAAUCCGCUGCUCUUCCUCCAGAACUAUCUCCAGAGCGCUAAUGUUCAAUUGGUAAUCCAAAACGCCUCGGGAGAGGCGUUUCAUCCCCCUUCCAAUUUCAAUCUUGGAGACUACUUCUUUGGCCCGGGCCUCGAGCAGUUGAUUCAACAACUUGCUGAAAACGAUCCCAACCGUUAUGGAACCCCUCCUGCUUCUAAGUCGGCGAUUGAGGCACUUCCAAACAUCAAAAUUUCGGAGGAACUGUUGGCCUCGGAUUCAUCGCAGUGUGCUGUGUGUAAGGACACGUUUGAGCUCUACGAGGAGGCGAAACAGAUGCCUUGCAAACACAUAUACCAUCCGGAUUGUAUUAUUCCUUGGUUGGAAUUGCAUAAUUCUUGUCCAGUGUGUCGAUAUGAACUGCCUACAGAUGAUCCCGAUUAUGAGCAAAGGACUCGUGGGACUUCAGCUCCUAAUCGAAGUCAAAGCGAAAGUCAACCCUUUGGCGAUUCUUCUACUGAUGGGGAAAAUGCUGGUGGAAGCGAUCCUAAUUCCAGCGAGAAUUCACAGACGCAACAAAUGGGUGAGCGGAGGGUUAGGAGGAUAUCUUUUCCUUGGCCCUUCAGAGGUUUUGGUUCGGCCGCUGAGACUAGUAAUAGCGGAGGUGGCAACAAUAGUGGAAACAGGGACGAACCUAGCUCGGGAAAUAGGGGAAGUCACAACUCUUCGGAGCCUAUGCAGGAAGAUCUUGAUUGAGGAUUACUGGUGUGCAAGUGAUUUGAAUCUGGAACCAUUACUGAAUAUAAAAAACAUCCUUAUAUGUUCAUUAUUAGAGUUUUUCCAUUUAUGAAAUUUGACUAUAAUAAUCUAUAGGUAAAGGUCCUAUUUCCAUUUUAGAGUUGAGAAUUCUUUGUAGAUGAAGGAAUUUAUGUGCAUUAUUUUGUUUGAGAAGGUCUGUAAAACUUUUGCAUCUCCAGGAACCAUUUCAUAGGUUGAAAUGUUGUAUGCUUCACACGACUUUUCUGCACU